UCUCCCAGUCCUGGGACGUGCAGGUCUACUCUGCCGCUCCGCCCCUUCCUGGAUCUCUCCGCUCCAGCCCACCCCGCGCCUGCUGCCUUCCGGACAGAUCUGUGGUGACAUGGCGUGGCUUGGCCAAGUGCUCUUUGCUCGGGCGUCCCAGCUGCCCUGUGGCCUCGGUCCUUGCCGGUUUUUCAGUCAUGGAACAAAACCGUUAUAUCAAAGCAUGGACGCUCCACAGUCAAAAUUCUUUCGUCCCCUUAAAAAAGCUAUGCUACCACCUGAUACUUUUAAAGGAAAAGUGGCAUUUAUUACCGGAGGGGGUACUGGCCUUGGCAAAACAAUGACAACUUAUCUGUCCACCUUGGGUGCGGAAUGUGUGAUAGCCAGCCGGAAAAUUGAUGUUUUGAAAGCUACUGCAGAAGAGAUUUCUUCUCAGACUGGAAAUAAGGUUCACGCAAUUCAGUGUGAUGUGAGGAAUCCUGAUAUGGUUCACAACACUGUGAUGGAAGUGAUCAAAGUCGCAGGACACCCUGAUAUUGUGAUAAAUAACGCAGCAGGGAAUUUUAUUUCGCCCACUGAAAGACUCUCUGCUAAUGCUUGGAAGACGAUAUCUGAUAUAGUUCUAAAUGGUACAGCUUAUGUGACGCUAGAAAUUGGAAAGCAACUCAUUAAAGCACAGAAAGGAGCAGCAUUUCUUGCCAUUACAACAAUCUAUGCUGAGACAGGAUCUGGUUUUGUUGUACCAAGUGCUUCUUCCAAAGCUGGUGUGGAAGCCAUGAACAAAUCCCUUGCAGCAGAAUGGGGUAAAUAUGGAAUGAGAUUCAAUGUAAUUCAACCAGGCCCUAUAAAAACCAAGGGUGCCUUCAGCCGCUUGGACCCAACUGGAACAUUUGAGAAAGAUAUGAUUGACAGAAUUCCUUGUGGGCGGCUGGGGACUGCGGAAGAGCUGGCAAAUCUUGCUAUUUUCCUUUGUAGUGAUUAUGCUUCCUGGAUUAGUGGUGCAGUCAUUAGAUUUGAUGGUGGAGAGGAAGCAUUUAUUUCAGGAGAAUUCAACAGCUUAAGGAAGGUCACCAAGGAAGAGUGGGACACAAUAGAACAACUCAUCCGGAAGACAAAAGGCUCCUAAGAGCACUUAGCCAGCACAUGGUCCAAAUUGGAAAUGAUUUCAAUUGACUGUAAUCUUUUGAGUAUUUUGAAUUCUAAUAAAGUUUUAACACCAAACA